AUAUAAUCCAUGGCGAGUACGAGUGAGACACGAGCGUAAAACUUCGUAGGAAUCAGAGGUCCAAGAGAGACAAAAUGGAGGAGGAGGAGCAUGAGGUGUACGGAGGAGAGAUCCCAGACGAGGGAGAAAUGGAGGGGGAUAUUGAAGCUCAUCAUGCUGACGUUGACAUGUCCACCGCCGACGACGACGCCGUCAAGGAGUUGGACGAGAUGAAGAAGCGGUUGAAGGAGAUGGAGGAGGAAGCUGCUGCUCUUCGCGAGAUGCAGGCUAAGGUUGAGAAGGAAAUGGGCGCUGUUCAAGAUCCUGCAGCUGUGGCUGCUUCUCAAGCAAACAAAGAAGAGGUGGAUGCACGAUCUGUUUUUGUUGGCAAUGGUCAUUGUUGUUCCUCAAGUUCUGUGUAUACUGGACAUGUUACAAUGUAGUUUGAGGGUGGGUCAAAGUAUUCUGAUGUAUAAUUAGGAUGUCAUUAAAUGGGAGAAAAAUGUUGUUUGCAUGUUGUAAUUUAAAAAAAGAAAAAGAAAAAGAAACAAGAAAUGCAAAAGUUGGAAAAUGGGAGGAAAAAAAUAUCAAAGGUCUCCACCCAACAAAAAAAAAAUAUUUGCGAAGGUGAAAAAAAAAGCGUGAAAAGAAAAAGAAGAAAGAAUUGAAAAAAAAGAAUAAGUAAAUUUGGAAACUACAACAGUGAGUUGUAAGUGAUAUGAUUUAUUGAGGAGGAAAGAAGGGGUGUUUUGCUGAAGAUAUUCUAAGAGAAGGCUGGGACAAGUGGUAGGAUGUUAAUUAAAAAGCUUCAUCUUCAGUACACAAGAGGGCAGCAGCUUAUAUUUUGAAGAGCAAAGGAAAGUUGGGUUUGCAAUUGUGGUUGCAGAGCUUCGCUGCUCCUGGAAUGGUGUUGGUUGGUGGCUCAGGAAUUUGUGCACAUGUACAAAUGUGGCGAGGGGUUGAUUAUGCAUGCACACCUGAAGAAGUGCAGCAGCAUUUCCAAUCAUGUGGCACAGUUAAUAGAGUGACUAUACUGACAGAUAAAUUCGGCCAACCAAAGGGUUUUGCUUAUGUGGAAUUCCUUGAAACAGAAGCUGUUCAAGAGGCUCUCGUUCUAAAUGAAUCUGAGUUGCAUGGGCGGCAAUUGAAGGUUUUGCCUAAAAGGACCAAUGUUCCUGGUAUGAAGCAAUACAGACCUAGACGCUUCAAUCCUUAUAUGGGUUACCGCUUCAGGAGGCCAUAUGUACCUCCUUACUUUUACUCCCCCUAUGGAUAUGGGAAAGUUCCCAGGUUCCGAAGGCCAGCUCGAUACAUGCCGUAUUACUAGAAGAUUGUUUGCAUCUUGGGCUGGGGUAUACAUCUGGUUGAUGGGUGCGUAAUCUGAUAUAGGGCCUGUCAUCUUGUAUUAAUAGUUGAUAUUUAAUUUUGGCCUGUUAAUUCGAUACAUGUGUCGGUAUUGCUGAAGUACUGCGAACUGUAUGAAUAGAAACUAUAGCGUCCAUUGGGUGAUGUGGUUGAGGGUUAUGCAGGCAUGUGUGCCGUGUGAACUAGAUGAUACAAGUUUCUUAUUGCCAAAUAAUGCAGUUUUUGCUAUGCUUUUUGUUUGGGUGAUAUAA